ACGGCGACAUGAUCACAAGCUUUACAUAAACAUGGAUAAUAUCACCUGGAUUAAAAAUAAUCAUUCCAGGCCUGUUAUUAUCAAAAAAGGAAGAGCCAAGGAGAAAUCUCAAGUAAAAAACAUUCAAAACGAAGAAUGUGAUGAUGCAACUCAUGAGGAGCAAGAAGCAAGUGGAAGUGGAUGUGUCUGCGAAUACGGUCCGAAUCAUUUUCAAAACCAUCGCAUAGCUUCUCGAUCAUUAGAAAUUGUAAAGUAUUUCGUUGAAAAUUGUGGUGCCGAUAUACAUUGUAAAGAUGAGUUGGGCAAAACUGCUUUACAUCAUGCUGUUCAUAUUGGUGCAAUAAACAUUGUCAAAUAUUUAGUUGAACAACAUGACGCUGAUUUAAAUAUCAAGAAUGAAAGGGGGUGGACAGUGUUGCAUAUUGCUGUUACUGAAGGUACGCUAGAAAUGGUAAAAUACCUUGUUGAGAAAGGCGCUGAUGUAAAUGGCAAGGAUACUGACGGGUGUACUGCGCUGCGCAGUGCUGUAACUGAAGGUAAGCAAGAAAUGGUAAAUUAUCUUGUUGAGAAUCACGCCGAUAUAAAUAACAAGGAUACUAACGGAUGGACAGUCCUGCACUAUGCUGUUAGUGAAGGUACGCUAGGAAUGGUGAAAUAUCUUGUUGAUCAUAGCGCUAAUGUUAAUGGAAAGAGUGCCCAAGGGUGGACAGUUAUGCACUAUGCGGUUACAGAAGCUGCAGUUAGAGGUGGAUUACUGGACAUUGUCAAAUAUCUAGUUGAGAAGGGUGCUGAUGUAAAUGGAAAGGUUGUUGGUGGAUUGUCUGUCUUGCACGCUGCUGUCAAUGCUGAUGAAUUAAAAGUUGUCAAAUAUUUAGUUGAACAGGGUGCUGACAUAACUCUGAAAACUGAAAUCGACUUUCAUACUCUUGGCAUUAAGAUCCUAAGGAGGGCUGUGGAAAAAAAUUCAGUUGAUUUGGUCAAUAUUUUGUUGGAAAAGAACAUCGAUGUGUGGAGAGCUGGAACACUUGAGCUGCAUGAAAGACAAAUGAGUCUUCUUGAGUGGAGUAAUCACUUUCGUUACACUGAGAUUGCAACUAUCCUCGAAAAGUCUGCAAAACAUCGUGUAAAAAUUCAGAUGUUGAAAACAAAGAAUUGUAACCAGUUAGACAAGAUUGAAAUACCGAUGCAGGCGUUUGACGCAAAAAAAGAAUUCAAAAUUGGCGAUGGUGGUUAUUCUAAUGUCUAUGUUGGUCUCAUGAAAGAUGGAAGUGAAGUUGCUGUAAAGAGAAUUUGGGUGCAAAGUGAGGACAAAACAGUUGAAAACGAAGAGGAAAUCAUGAGACUUAUUAAUACUGACAACUCUCCGUUUAUAGUGAAAUAUCGACAUUUUCACCGUGACGUUACCUUCAUGUAUCUUAUUGUUGAUCUUUGCGAAGAAACCUUGAGGGAACUUGUUGACGCAUGCAGUAUUGCACAUCUACAAGAACAUGGUCCACGAAUGAUUAGGGAAAUUCUAUCAGGACUUGAAUUUCUUCAUGGUAAAGGAAUAUUGCACAGAGAUUUAAAACCAUCAAACGUCCUGGUUGAUAUCGAAGGACGCAUGAAAUUAGCGGACUUUGGAAUAAGCCGCGUUUUAAAUGACGAUGAAACGACAGUUCGAACCUUUGUUAAAGGUACUCUCGGAUGGAUGCCACCGGAAGUAAUCAAGGCAAUAGACAAAAACGAAAAGGGUCCUUUCAAAAGGAAAUCAGAUGUCCAUGUCGCAGGGCUUCCAAUUUGUAAAGAGUGUUCGUAUAACGCGAAGAAAACGUUAGCAGAUAUCGAUCGUAAGAAAUGUUCGCACUUGUCUAAUUUAGAUACCUCAGCAGUAGAAUUACAUUGCAAGUUGCAUGCAAGGAAAGCUGCAAAGUGAAACACUACCUUCACUUGUUUUAUGACGUUUUAAUAUUGUAAUCUGUAUUAAAUUUACGUAAUAUAAUAAAAAAUUAGGAGCCUUUAUAUAAAAUGACUUCAUAACUAUAAGCCUUCUGAAUUCUGAUGGAAUAUGCAUCCAAAGAAGAAUUUGCAGUUGCAAAUGUCACACACAUGCAACUGCAACAAAACCAGUUGCCACGUUGGAGCAACGCUGGUUUAAAAGCCACGCGCGUUUUUUAGAUUUUGUCCUUUUAUAGGAAAGCAACUUAAACCGAUUUUACAGGACGAAUUAUAUUUUUUUUCCUUUUCUCCUUUUCCUAUUCUACUAAGAAAGUUCUCCUGAGUAAAAUAAAUCAGAGUUGUAUGAAUUUUAUGUCACCAUAGUCACGAAAUACGAACCCAUCAUACAAACCCAUGCAAACAUGGGAAAUUGACGAUUUUACACCACCAAAAGCACAAUUUGGGGGUGUUAAAAUAGCACAUUCAAAAUAACAGUGUAUUAA